UCAAAGUUGGCCAGGCAACAUUAAGCGCGCCAAGUAUUUUCAUUUUUUCACAUACAGCGUUGAUUCGUACACUAAGAAAAAUCGGAAAAUUUAACAAUUACUUCCAAAGCUGGCAGUUUCUUAAGUUAGCAAAUUUAAAUGUAAAGUAUAUAUUUUGCUAAUUUUAUGUUAAAAUGCCAUAAUCGAACAUGUUUAUGGAUGUGUCGCUAGGUCUGUGAGCCAACUAGCAAGGUCGCCCGGCAGCGGACAACGCACGCACUUGGCGGAUGAACAGGAUCCGCAGGAUGUGCGAGAGGCUGCCACAUAAAUUACACUUUAAUUUUGGAGCAUUUUUGGCCACGGCUUAUAAAUCAACCGAGUUCCAGCAAACGCGACGACGACGACAGCUGGUUGGCUCUCUCCGCCGGAUUCCCGCCGGCUGCGGGAGGCUCCUGCUCCUCCGGGCUUUUCCUCGUGGAGGAAAGUACUUGGUCCUUCGGCUCCCCCUUCGAUUCCCACUCUGCUGAGGGGCCAGGCCACUCGCAAUAUUGAAAUUUCAAUUUAAUUACAUAGAACGAGGGCCCGACCUCAGGCCCAUGUGCCCGCAAAAUGAGCUGUCGUUGUGGGUCAAAAAGAGUCAGCAGCACCACCCAAAUACGCCAACAAAAACAGCUGGGUGGUGCAGGAGCCCGUUAGAUCUGCUCACUUGAACUGAACUGCUCGGCGGUUUGGCUUAAUUUGUUGAGAUAAUUGUGCCGAAAUUAUAUUAUUAUUAA